UCACCACCAUUUGACGACAACACAACUUAAGGUACUUCGCAGUGUCCCGUUGUAAGAUAAAACUGAGUUAAAAUGAAAUCAGACAACUGUAAACUAUCGGAAAGUAGGACUAUCCACUGUGCGCUACUAGGCGACGGUCUUAUUGGGAAGACAACGCUAUUCAGGACGUACAUAAGUAAAAAGUUUAGAAAGGAUUACGUGGCUACGAUGUUGGACAAGUAUACAGUGCGCAUGGCAGUUGGCGGAAAGGAAUUCAUGGUGAAUAUCUUCGAUACACCUGGACAGGAUGACUUUGUACACGAGCGAGUCAUCACCUACAAAGAGAGCGAGGUGUUCGUGCUGUGCUUCUCGACAUGCGACAGGGAGUCUUUCUUGAGGGUACAGGAUCUUCUCCUCCCAGAGAUCAAAGAAUUCACACACAGAAAGGUUCCAAUAAUCCUAGUCGGAACUCAGACAGAUCUCAGGAAGGGAACGAGGGAAAGCGAUAUCACAACGAGAGAAGGCGCGAAGUUGGCUAAAGAGAUAGGCGCUGACUGCUAUUUGGAAUGUUCCGCGAAGAAACAGCAGGGCCUUAAGGAAGUGUUUGAUCAUGUCGUCAUUUCCGCUUUGAAGGACCGGAAGAGGAAGGGCAACAUCUUGCGCAGACUCUUCAAGAAAUGACUCUGAUCCUACCAGGAUCGGGAUGAAUCGAAUCUCAAUCUCGCGAGAACGUGUGUUCACACGAGAUGUCUGUCUCGUCACCCAAAUACGAGAAUAGUCUGCCAUUCCUCAUCGGAAGUUACUGUCCGUAAAAAUCUUGUUUUUUGCAACAAGAUGUCGUCACGGACAUGACUCAUCCCUUAGACGAGACAUCUGUCUGAAGCCGGACAUGCUCUUUUGAUGAAAAGGUUCCCGCCCCUCACCGCCUGAGGCGAUGUCAACACUAACCCGGCCACGCUGCGUGGAGCUCACCAAGACAUUCCAUGCAAUGAGUCUAUUAAAGUUAAUUCCUUACGUCAUGACUCCGAUCAGUGACGGGUUGAUAUGAAGGCGGACAGUUGUGUGAAGGACACGCUUAUUAACCAUGUGGCCCCUCAAGCGAAAUCCCCGAUGCCAUCUUGUUAACCUUACACAGUGCUUACGUCACCUAGGUUGUUGACCAAUGUACCUGCCAAUCUGUGAACAUUUUCCUCAUAUCUUAUGUUUACCAUUUCGCUAUUUCGACGGUAAACAUUUGAUGCGUGAACAGUAUGUGUUGCCGUUAUUAUAAUGCAUCUAGCAUUGAAUUACGAGCAUUUGACCUUGUCGAUUUUUUCAUAUUAUAUUUUCCACAAAAAACGUAGUCACGUGUUUGCCUAUUCACAAAACAUGGAAAAGAACUAAUUCUAAAAUUGACCGAAACCGUUAUUUAAUUACACGCAUUUGACUUCGUUCAUUUUUUAAUUUUUCAUUUUCAUAUUCUAUUUUUAACCAACAACUGAGUCACGUGUUUGUCUACACACAAACAAGGAACACGAAAUAAUUCUAUAAUCUACUGAAGCCGUCAUCACAAGAACCUUAAAAUAAAUCUGUGAUCACCUUUGGUUCAGCCUGUGACCGUAUUAUAAGUAGAUGUAUAAUCUUUAAUCUGCAAAUCACCUUCCCAAAUUGGUAAUCCCAAUCGGAGGAAUGUUUGGGUCACUACAUCAAAGCCAGAGGGUUCGCCAGGUAAUACGACUUAAACAAUAAACUGGUAAUUACAUGUGAGCUUAAUCACACGCGCGUUCUUUUUAUAACUGUCUUGGUACACAUGUACUUAGACUAACAUCUAGUCUCUGAAAUGAACAUAUUUUUCCGAAAAAACAGGCGUUAAAUUAUUGUAAUGAAAUAUAAUAAAAAGGAGCCCAGGGUCUUUUUAAAAACUGCAUUAAUCUAGACUUGCCAAAUAUUAUAGACUUGCGUCUGCUGUAUUGGAUAUAUUUGUUUCAGGGUCUGUAUGACAGACUAACAUGCACUGAACACGAUGACUCUUAUGAUCUCCAAAUGUUGUGAACUUAACCAACAAGAAGUCACAUGAGGCUUCACUGAUCUUUAACACUGGAUAACGUACUUUCAUGAAAUUACAUGUAUAUUGAUUGUAAUACGUAACCUGUUUAGUUCAUAGAUCACCAGUACUUUGAUUGUUACCCAGGGACAACGUAUUCAGUUGAGUGUUUCGUAUCAUUACAACAGGUGCAAUAUAUAUUUUAUAGUAUUUACAUUUGGCCGCUGGUCGGCACAACAGUGGAACAAAAUAUCCCAAAAAUAAAAGAUUUGCUCGUA